AUGCUGCCGCGCUUUCUUGCUACACAGACUCCAAAGAUCGCCAGAAUGCCUUCUGUUAAGGGUGCUUGUGUCAUCAUCGGUGAUGAGGUUCUUAACGGCAAGAUUACGGACACCAACUCGAGGUUUUUUGCCAAGUACUGCUACAGAUUGGGGAUCCAGCUGCGCGAAAUAGUAACGAUAGGGGACCAGAAGGAGCAGAUCGUCCAAACGAUAAAGAGGUUGAGCGCAGAGAAUGACUUUAUUGUGACGUCCGGCGGCAUUGGGCCCACCCACGACGAUAUCACGUACGAGUCAGUAGCCAGCAGCUUUGGGCUCCCGUGCGAGCUGAAUUACGAGUGCCAAGAUCGUAUGCGGAAGAUUUCGCACCCCGAGAAAAGACACGAUCCCGAGACGCUGAAAGAUUUCUAUAGGAUGGCCACGCUUCCAGCUGGCCCCGAAGUGCAUAGCUACUAUGUACUGAAAGAGUUCUGGGUGCCUAUAGUUUCGAUCCAGCAGAAAGUGUACAUAUUGCCUGGAAUACCCCAGCUAUUUGAAAAGCUUCUGCUCGCGUUCGAGCCCUCUGUAAAGGAGAUUUACAGCAUCAGUGAGCGCGAACCUCACAACUAUGAAAGGUUUUUUGUGAAAACUCCGAAGUCAGAGUCCCAAAUUUCCUCGUAUCUGCGCGAGCUGCAGACGCGCUGCUUACAGGUCUCUGACGAGAUAAAAAUAGGUUCGUAUCCUCAUUAUGGUAUGGGGUUUAACACCGUCAGUAUCUUAGGGCUGAAGAAGCACGAAGUCUUCCUAAAAGAACUUGUAAAGGAAGCUAUCGAGAAACUCGAUGGUACCGCUAUCACAGCAGAGAUGGAGGAAAAAUACUCCGACUCUAGGUAA